CGCCGACCGGCCAUCUUAUCUUAUCGCAUCUCCGCGUCUCGCUGCGUCAACGGAAAACGACGCGCUGCGAUAACUUCGUUUUUCUUCUUUGCUACAGUCGACACGGUGGUUUGAUUGGUUUUCUUUACACUGCUGAUUAUCCUCUUUGCUAUCCAUCAUCAUGGCUUACCAGUUCUUUGCCAAAGCGCAUCAGUCCAAGCAAUCAUCUUCUCCACCCCUCUCUCCUCCCCAGCCGUACAACAGCAACAGGCCUCCUAUUCACCCCGCACCGCUGGUUUUCCCUCAGUCGACUUCUUCAACUGCGACAUCCAAACCACCAACUGCAGGUGACUCGACGUUUCAACCGGACCCGUAUCCCCAGUCUAUCCCCGCAGGAUACCCAACCCCCCACCCCCACGUCACCAUCGAAACGGUCAGCACAGCGCAUAUCCCUUCGCUGACCAGGAUUACCGGUCUACUUCUGCCAAUCCGCUAUCCUAACUCUUUCUAUACGGCGACUAUAACGGACCCUGUUAUCGCGUCGGUGUCCCGCGUCGCCAUCUACCAUGACCAUCCAGUAGCGGCGGCCCCCGCAUCUUCCUCGUCUCCCUCUGCUCUAGGCAGAAACACGGGUACCGAUAAAGUCAUAGGCGGGAUUAGAUGUCGACUCGAACGUUUCCCACAGGUCACCUCUGAAUUACUCAAAUCGCAGAACCAGAAAGAACCUACAAACCUUUACAUUCAAACUCUUCAUCUUCUCUCUCCAUAUCGGGGUACCGGCGUUGCAGCUUCUCUGUUCAACUCGCUCAUUUUUGCAUCAUCGGACUCCAAGUCUGGAUAUCGUGUUUCAGACUUAGUGAAACAUUACAACAUUCGCACGGUCACGGCGCAUGUCCACGAGGCUAAUGAGGAAGGGCUGAAUUGGUAUCUUGCCCGCGGCUUCCAGCUCGAAGAUGGCGUGGUGGAAAACUACUAUCGACGUCUGAAACCAUCAGGAGCGAAGAUUGUUAGAUUCGUUAUUCAGCGGAGUGAUGAUGAGGAAGUGUCAGCCAACAACGCCAAGGAUGAAGGCGAGUCCCGGGACGAGAAGAGUCCAGAUGAUGACGAUGAUUGGGAAAAGAUAGAGGCUGAAGAUGGAGAAGAGCAUGAAGAUCAUGGAGUACGCCCGAUUACGGACUCUAAGAGCUUGGAAAGAGAAGAUUCGGGAAGUAGGAAACGGAAGGCUGACGAUGAGCCUCAGCGGCAGUGAGGUAUUUUCUUUUCACGUUGACCGACUCUUUAUGUUUAUGAUAUUCAUUUGUUUUGGUGUUGCUGCUAUUGUUAUAUUCUUUCUGUCAUUCAGGAUACCCUUUUCCAUAGUUAUACUGGGCUAUAGAGCGCAGACGAUUCAUUUCGGCCCAUUGAUCCCUUGGCAUUUGCAUAUUUAGAAGCAUAUGCAUUGAACAUUUUUGUUGUCCUG